AGCACGUCACACUCGCCACAGAGAGAGAGAGAGAGAGAGAGAGAGAGAGAGGAUGGUGGAUGCAGUAGUUUCGGAGACGUUGAAGGCGGCGGGCGGAGGAGGAAGGACAGGCGGCGGAGGAGAGAGGAAGAAGAAGAAGGUGUCAAAGUCGGUGAAGGCUUGCCUUCAAUUCCCCGUGGCUCGGAUCGCUCGGUAUCUCAAGAAAGGACGGUAUGCCAAGCGCAUUGGCGUCGGUGCUCCGAUCUAUCUCGCCGCCGUUCUCGAGUACCUGGCCGCAGAGGUGUUGGAGUUGUCGGGGAACGCAGCGCGGGACAACAAGAAGAACAGGAUAAACCCUAGGCAUCUGUUGUUGGCGGUGAGGAACGAUGAUGAAUUGGCUGAACUGCUCCAAGGGGUGACCAUUGCGAGUGGUGGUGUACUCCCCAAUAUAAACCCGGUUCUUUUGCCUAAGAAAUCUUCAACCGCUGCUACUGACUCGGACAAGGCCUCUCGGCCAAAGAAUUAGUACCAGUCUUUUUUUUUUUCUUUUUUUUUUUUUUUGG